AUGGUAAUGCAGUUUCAGGGUCUGGAAAACCUAGUUCAAGACAGUCCCCGGGAGAGCCCAAGUUCUUCUGGAAUUGGGGAAAUGCUUGGACUGAAGACGGCUAAAGGUGUGCUUACAGAGCAACCAGGGCACCUGGGGCCUGAAACUGACCUGUCACCCUAUACACAGUAUGGAAAUAUCCAAUUUUCCCAAGUUCAGCCACAGAUUUCCUCGUCCCCCUAUUAUCCCAACCUGGGCUUCUACUCCCAACAGCCUGAGGAAUGGUACUCUCCUGGAAUGUAUGAACUCAGACGAGUGCCCUCAGAGACUCUCUACACCAGGGAGCCUGAGCUGGUGGAUGUCCCGAUAACCAAGAAGCCCCGGAUGGGCUCUUCUGCAGGGAGGAUGAAGGGAGAAGAGCUCUGUGUUGUUUGUGGAGACAAAGCUUCUGGAUACCAUUAUAAUGCACUGACUUGUGAGGGGUGCAAAGGUUUCUUCCGGAGGAGCAUAACAAAAAAUGCUGUGUACAAAUGUAAGAAUGGUGGGAACUGUGAGAUGGACAUGUACAUGAGGAGGAAAUGUCAGGAGUGCCGCCUAAGGAAAUGCAAGCAGAUGGGCAUGUUGGCUGAAUGUAUGUAUACAGGCUUGCUAACUGAAAUCCAAUGUAAAUCUAAACGAUUGCGAAAAAAUAUGAAGCCACCUUCUGAUCGGUCAACCAAUGAAGACAGCGAAGGGCCUGACCUGAGACAAGUGACAUCCACCACAAAGUCAUACAGGGAGAAAACGGAACUUACUCCAGACCAACAGAACCUUCUACAUUAUAUUAUGGAUGCUUACAGUAAACAGAGAAUGCCUCAAGAAAUAACUAAUAAAAUUUUAAAGGAAGAAUUCAGUGCAGAAGAAAAUUUCCUCAUCUUAACUGAAAUGGCUACCAGUCACGUGCAGGUCCUUGUGGAAUUCACAAAAAAAUUACCAGGGUUCCAGACAUUAGAUCAUGAAGAUCAGAUUGCUCUGCUGAAGGGGUCUGCCGUUGAAGCCAUGUUCCUCCGUUCAGCAGAGAUUUUCAAUAAGAAACUUCCCGUGGGACAUACCGAUCUGUUAGAAGAAAGAAUUCGCAAGAGCGGUAUUUCUGAUGAAUACAUAACACCUAUGUUUAAUUUUUAUAAAAGCAUCGGAGAACUGAAAAUGACUCAAGAAGAAUAUGCUUUGCUCACAGCAAUUGUCAUCUUAUCACCAGACAGACAAUACAUAAAGGACAGAGAGUCUGUGGAGAGACUUCAGGAACCAUUGCUGGAAGUUCUACAAAAACUGUGCAAGAUCCAUCAACCAGAAAACCCUCAACACUUUGCCUGCCUUCUGGGCCGCCUCACAGAACUAAGAACAUUCAAUCACCAUCAUGCAGAGAUGCUGAUGUCCUGGAGAGUGAACGAUCAUAAGUUUACUCCACUCCUCUGUGAAAUCUGGGAUGUCCAGUGCUAAACUUCAGGCCUAAGGGCUGAGCGGGGAGAGGGGCUGAUGGUAGGGAUGGAGUGGACUGCAGGUUAUUUUCAUAAGAAUAUGAAUUAGUUUUAUGACUGUUGUAUUUGUAUUUAGAUAUCACACUGCUGCUUUCUUCAGUAUUUAUGGAGUAAUUCACCAGCCUUCCCAACCAUUCACAGGAGAGGAAGAGCUCAUGGCAUAAGGGCUCUUUGUGGGGAAUGAUGGUUCUUAUAAGAAAGACUCACUCCCUGGGACAAGCCUGUUCAGCUUGGGAAAUCCACAUGAUUGUGGUUUCAAUUUUCUUUGUCAUAAUGGGGGAAGCUCUUGUUUUGUUCCUUGACUUCUCUGUACUGCAAAGACUUUUAUUAAAGGCAUAUGUCCAAACACACUGUAAUCAACUAGCAAA